AUGGAUUGUGCAGGAUCCGCUCGCUACCUGUUGGCAGUGGCGACGAUAGCCAUGGCAAUCUCGCUUGGCUGUGCAGCCCCCAUAUUCGGUUUGACCUUAUCCAGUCCACGCAACACCAGCGACUCCGCUCCUACGUCGCUACUGUCCAAGUUGCAGCUACCGUUGCCGAAAAUUUCGUCCAUCUUCAAUACCAAGAAAGACCAGUCGCCGCAGACUUCUCCGGACGACAAACAACAAUAUUCGCAGCAACCGCCUAAGCAACAGCCACAGCAGAUCUCGCCGAAACCGACGGUGGUCGAACAACCGGGUGGAAAAGAUCCUUACCAGUCGUUGGCAAACGCAUCUGUGACGACUUCGCCGAGACCGAAGCUGGAGACGACAACCCACGAUCGGACCGUCAUCGAAGUCCCGCUGAAAGAUUGCGGUGCGGGUAAAAAGUAUAACAGACGCCGGCAAUGUGUUGACAUAAAUACCAACCCCGAAGACGAAUAG